AUGAAGGCUGGAGAGAGCGAGGUCCCCGAUGCUCACUUCACUGUCGAUAAACAAAACAUCUCCCUCUGGCCCCGAGAGCCUCCGCCCAAGGUGGGUUCGUCGCCUGUUCUGAGGAACCCUUGCACAGUCCGCGCCGCAGUGGUCAUCCUGACGCUGGUCCUGCUCGCGUCCAUCCUGCUGCAGGCCAUUGUCUAUCCCUGGUUUAUGGGCACACUAUCAGAUGUAAAGACCAAUGCACAGUUGCUGAAAGGUCGUGUGGACAACACCAGCACCCUGAGUUCUGAAAUCAAGAGGAAUAGAGGAGGUGUGGAGGCAGCUGGCAUUCAGGUCCGGAUGGUGAAUGUUAGCCUGGAUCAUGUGCGUUCUCAGAUCCGGAGGCUGGAAACCGGUGUGAAGGAAGCCAAUGCACAGAUUCACACAUUAACGAGAAGCUGGGAGGAAGUUUAUAAUUUAAAUACCCAGAUCCCAGAAUUAAAAAGAGAUUUGGAUAAAGCCAGUGCUUUAAAUGUAAAGGUCCGUGGACUCCAGAGCAGUUUGGAGGAUAUCAGCAAGUUACUCAAACAGCAAAAUGACAUUCUACAGAUGGUUUCUCAAGGCUGGAAGUACUUCAAGAACAAUUUCUAUUACUUUUCUCGUGUCCCAAAGACCUGGUACAGUGCCCAUCAGUACUGCACAUCCAGGAAUUCACAACUGACCUCAGUGACCUCGGACAGUGAACAGGAGUUUCUGUACAAGACAGCAGGUGGACUUUUCUACUGGAUCGGCCUGACCAAAGCAGGGAGUGAUGGGGACUGGCACUGGGUGGAUGACACUCCAUUCGACAAGGUCCGGAGUAUGAGGUUCUGGAUUCCAGGUGAACCUAAUAAUUAUGGGAACAAUGAACACUGUGCCAAUAUAAAGGCCUCCUCAAUUCAGUCAUGGAAUGAUGCCUCCUGUGACAAUAAGUACCUUUUCAUCUGUAAACGUCCUUAUAUUCCAUCAGAACCAUGA